AUGACUGCUAGGUUUUCCUUUUAGCAUUUUCAGCUGUCCCCCAGUAAGACACAUACAAGUGAUGCAGAUUCUAGAACACCUGACUCUACUCUGCCAGUGAACUUAUACCAUAUGCAGCAGUAUUAACAUCCAAUAUGAACCAGCUAUUGAAUUCAGGGGUUCCGUGGAUAAUUCUUCAAACGGUCAAUAAACUAUGGAUGGUUCUUAAUACUGUGAUGCCUAGAAGGCUGUGGGUAAUGACAGUUAAUGCACUUCAACCUUCAAUAAAGUUUGUACGACAACAAAAGUAUACUCAGAAUGACCUGAUGAUAGAUGCUCUUAUUGUUCUAAGAUGUGAUCAGAGGGUACACAGAUGCCCCCCACUGAUGGAUAUUACUCUAUACAUGCUGAAUGGAUAUAUUCUUGCAUCCAAAGUCUACCUUAGUGCCCAUCUGAAGGACACAGCAGAGCAAGAUAGGCCUUCCCAGAAUAAUACAGUAGGUUUAGUUGGACAAACUGAUGGCCCAGAAGUUACCAGAGAAGAAUUGAAAAAUGCAUUACUGGCUGCUUAGGUAAUAAAGUAAAAUUUAGUCAAAAAGGGCAAAGGUUUCCCUGUUAAUAUCAUCAGUUAAAUAGAUGGCAUCGGGCCGGCCCCGUGGCUUAGCAGUUAAGUGCACGCGCUCCGCUACUGGCGGCCCGGGUUCGGAUCCCGGGCGCGCACCCACGCACCGCUUCUCCGGCCAUGCUGGGGCCGCGUCCCACAUACAGCAACUAGAAGGAUGUGCAGCUAUGACAUACAACUAUCCACUGGGGCUUUGGGGGAAAAAUAAAUAAGUAAAAUUAUAUAAAAAAAAAAUAGAUGGCAUAUUAUGCCCUCUAUGUACAAUGGUGACAUAUUGUGCAUUCCUUUUAUUACAGAAUGUAUUAUAAUGGUGUUGCCUUUGUUUCUGAGUAUCAGAUGUACUAUAUUACUAAAAUCAAGAACAAUCUUCAUGA